CUCAGGGAAACACGUUCUACUGAGUUUAGGUUGACAGUGUUUAUGUUAUUUUAUACACAGAGAUCCGAGACAGCACAAUACGCACCAACAGAAAUGGCUUCCUGCAGCAGUCUCCUGUCUGAAGAUCAGUUCCAGUGUUCUAUCUGUCUGGAUGUGUUCACUGACCCGGUCACCACUUCAUGUGGACACAACUUCUGCAAGGUCUGUAUUACUAAGCAUUGGGACAGCAAUGACCUGUACCAAUGUCCAUUGUGUAUGGAGCUUUUCUACAGAAGACCUGAGCUUCAAGUCAACAUAGAAUUCAGAGCUGUUAUGGAACAUUAUAAAAUCAGAAAUUGUCACAUCGCCAAACCUGGAGAAAUACCAUGUGAUAUCUGCACUGGGAGGAAGUUCAAGGCCCUGAAGUCCUGUCUGGUGUGUCUGGCCUCUUACUGUGAGACUCACCUGGAGCCUCAUCAUAGAGUUGCAGCCUUGAAGAAACACAAGAUGAUCGACCCUGUGGAGAACCUGGAGGACAGGAUGUGUCAGAAGCUGGAGCUGUUCUGUAGGACUGACCAGACGUGUGUGUGUUUCAUGUGCAUGAGAACAGACCAUAAGACCCAUGACACUGUCACUUUAGAGGACGAGUACACACCAAAAAAGAAUGAUCUGGUGAAGAUGAUGGCUGAGAUGAAGCAGAUGAUGAAGGAAAGAUCUAGGAAGGUUCAGAAGAUCAAACUCUCAGUAGAGACCAGCAAGAGAAAUGCAGAGAAAGAGAUAUCAGACAGUGUUCAGGUCUUCACUGCUCUGGUGCGCUCCAUUGAGAGAAGCCAGGCUGAGCUCAUUGAGGUGAUUGAGGAGAAGCAGAAAGCAGCAGAGAAACAGGCUGAAGGGUUGAUUCAAGAUCUGGAGCAGGAGAUCACUGAGCUGAAGAGGAGAAGCACUGAGCUGGAGCAGCUCUCACACACUGAGGACCACCUCCACCUGCUCCAGAGCUUCCCAUCCCUGAGCACCCCUCCACACACCAAGGACUGGUCUGAGAUCAGUGUCCACAGUGGUCUGAGUGUGGGGGCAGUGAGGAGAGCUGUGUCUCAGCUGGAGGAGACACUCAAUAAAGAGAUGGAGAAGCUGCCUGAAGUCAAGCUGAAAAGGAUUCGGCAGUAUGCAGUGGAUGUGACUCUGGACCCUGAUACAGCAUUUCUCUAUCUCACCCUGUCUGAGGAUGGGAAACAAGUGAGUUUUGGAGACAUAAGGCAGGAUCUCCUUGACAACCCAGAUAGGUUUGAUCUGUGUCCCAGUGUCCUGGCAAAGCAGGGCUUCUCCUCAGGGAGGUUCUACUAUGAGGUGCAGGUUGAGGGGAAGACUAAGUGGGAUCUAGGAGUGGUCAGAGAGUCCAUCGACAGAAAGGGGAUGAUCAUAGUGAGUCCUGAGGAUGGAUACUGGACUGUAUGGCUGAGGUAUGGAGAUGAGUAUAAGGCUCUGGCUGGCCCUGAUGUCCUCCUCUCCCUGAGACAGAAGCCCCAGAAGGUGGGGGUGUUUGUGGACUAUGAGGAGGGUCUGGUCUCCUUUUAUUAUGUGGAGGCCAGGUCUCACAUCUACUCUUUCACUGGCUGCACCUUCACUGAAAAAAUCUAUCCAUAUUUUGGUCCGUGUGUGAACAAUGGAGGUAAAAACUCUGCCCCUCUGAUCAUCACUCCUGUCACUCACUGAUAAAAAUGGAUAUGGAUUCUAUAAUUUAGAACCAGACAAGAAUAUUCUCUUGUAAUAUAGUCCACUGAUUGUUUAAAGAAUAUUUCAAUCAAGAGUUUAUUAGUUAAUAAUUGUGUAUGUUAUGAACGAAUGACAGAUUUAUGAAUCCCUGAUAUGUUACAGUAAUCAAUCAUUAGAUUAUGUUAGAGCUGCCUUUCAGCAACCAUUUCGCUGCUUGUCUAGUUCUCAAACUUUUCAGACCAAGAACAACCUCAAUUCAAACUAAAUUGUCCAAGUUCCACCUACAAUCUACUCUCAGAAAUGCCACAGAAAAUGAAAUAACCAGUGUAGCAACAAUGUACUGACGUUUAACAGUUUUAAGAUUGUUUAUUCAAGCAUUUAUUUUAGAACAUUUAGUCUAAUGUAGAAACGUGUCUCUGUAACACCAGACUGAUGCAAACAGAUCUCUCCAACUCCUGAGUGAUCUGAGGGAGAGAGAGAGUGAGGAAGGGAGAGAGAGAGGGAGAGAGGGGGGCAGAAGAAAGAGAGGGAGAGAGUGUGUGAUCAACAGCAGUUUAUUAUUUGAACAUGUUUGAAAUAGUAAAUACACUGAUAUUUAUACCUGAGGCUAAGGAACAUUAUCUCUUGCUUGGCGAGAGAGAGAGGGAGUGAACAAGCAGCUCCAGUAUCAGGAGAGAGAGGAGGGAACUACACCUGCUGAUGUGUCACCUCUUUGUGGUCCUCCAUGACAGUCAGUAUAGUAUCAAUGGUGCUGAGGAUGACCAGGACCAAGACAGUUGAAGAGGUCUGUCAUCAACCACUGAUCAAGUAACACCAAA